AUGAAGAUCUUAGCGAUCCUAGCUGCCUUCCUGUACUCGGCCUAUGCUGGCCAUCUCGGCGGCGGCGAACUCGCCUUCGGAGGUGUCGUCGGUACAGCAAAAAUCGCUAGGGUGUCUUACGUGAAACAGCCCGUCAUCUCGACCGCUUACGUCAAACAACCCGUCGUAUCGUAUGUGGCUCGACCUGUGAAAACGGUUUCGUUUGUUGCCAAGCCCGUUGUACUCGGUUCACUCGAUCUAGCCAAGCAAGUCCUCGCCAUAUUCGCCAUCGAGGGUUUGGUCGAAGAAUUGAUCGAACUGGUCUCCGGAGGAGCGCUACGUGGGGCCGGAAUUUCCGAAGCUUUCUGGAAGCUGUUCCCGAGAGCAGCCGCGACAGCGUCGAGCGGAGGCGUGCAGCGAUAUCAGGGACCUCAGAACCAAGAAGAUGCAGGAGGGACCGGAAAUAGAACGCAGGAGCCGAAGCCCUCAGAAGGGGGAGGGAAACCGAAAGAGCCCAUGGUGAGCUACAGGUUCUUCGGAGCCGUCGGAAGCUGUCCGCUUUCGGAGAUCAGGGACCGCAUCAAACUCCGGAGUCCAGUUUCGGUUCAACGACCUGCUGGGGAAGCGCAGCUCAUGCACAUAGAGGACUUGCUGAAGGUUUUCAGAGACUCGAUGAUCAAGCAAAACUCUGUUUUCGUAAUUGACGAACAAGAGAAAAUCAUGCCGCUCUCGACGGCCAUUCAGAAGUUCAAUGCGGCCAGUCGCUUUUUGCAGCAAAUCGCUCUCGACCCGGAGAAGAAGCCCAGAAUCGAAGAGGCUUCAGAUGAUGACGGGAUGGUGAAGAUGCGCUUCAAAGAUGCAGAUCUCCCCCCUUUGAAGAAACCUAAAGAAGAGGCCGAGAAUCUCUCUAAGCUCGCCACCCUCAUGAGGAAAGGAUUCAAAGUCCGGGACGGGAACGGGAAGAGAAGAAUGAAUCUCGAACAGCUCAAUGCGCGUUACGAGAAUUGCAUGAACUAUGUCUCGACAGGCAGACUCUGGCUCCCCCUCACGUCUGAGCGCAUCGAUGCCUUCAUGUCGCAAUAUCCCCAUAGAAGAGGGUGGAGCCGAAGAAGGAGGAGGCGCAGAAGGAGGACCCGAAGGGCGAGGAACCGAAGAAGGAGGAACCGGAGGGCGAGAAACCGAAGAAGGAGGACCCGAAGGGGAACGAGUCGAAGUUGUCGCGCAAGAAGUCGGAGUCGUCGCGCAAGAAGUCGAAGUCGUCGCGCAAGAAGUCAAAGUCGUCGCGCAAGAAGUCAAGAUCGUCGCGCAAGAAGUCGAAGUCGUCGCGCAAGAAGUCGAAGUCGUCGGGCAGGAAGUCAAAGUCGUCGGGCAGGAAGUCAAAGUCGACGGGCAGGAAGUUAAGGUCUUCAGGCAGGGAAUCAAAGUCGUCGCGCAAGAAGUCGAAGUCAUCGGGCAAGAAGUCAAGGUCGUCGGGCAGGAAGUCAAAGUCGACGGGCAGGAAGUCAAGGUCUUCUGGCAGGGAGUCAAAGUCGUCGGACAGGAAGUCGCAGAAAUCAGGGGUCGAAGUCCUCGGGGAAAAGAUCGGAUGCGGCUGCCAAGAAGUCGAGGAAGAUAGGCAAGGAGUCCAAAACGACGGAGAAGAGAUCGAAGAAGGCACAGAAGAUGUCGAAAAAGGCGGACAAGCAAUCGAGAAAGGCUGAUGAGAGGGCGAAAAAAGCUGAGAAGAGAUCGAAAAGGGCUGAGAAAAGAUCGAAACGGGCUGACAAGAGAUCGAAAAGAGCUGAGAAGAGAUCGAGGAAGACGGACAAGUCAUUGAAGAACGCAGACAGGAAGCUGAAGAAGGCAGACAAGAAGUUGAAGGAGGCAGACGAAAAGUCGAAGAUCGCAGACGAAAAGUCGAAGAACGCAGACGAAAAGUCGAAGAAGGCAGGCAAGAAAUCACAAAGCGGAUCAAAAUCGCAGAGCCAGAAGAGCCGGAAGAAAUCGAGGGGAUCAAGGGAAUCGAAGCGUUCAAAAGCCUCGGAGCGAUAG